GUCCAGCGUGCUCCAGUUGGAUAGCUGGAGUAGCUGCUAACUCUAUCUGUACUCAUUCUGGGAGGAAAAAGACAGUCUAUAGUAACAUCACCUAAUUGUUUUAUUCUGAAAUGUGCAGCAUUGUCUGAAGUGAAUGAAGCAGUGCUAAUUGGACUAGAGAAUGGCAUAUACUUAUGUCACUACAGCUGAUGGGCACUGUCUUGCUGAACCUGUGCAGUUCUACGAGAUUUUGCCAGAACAAGUCAAUUAUCAGCAGCACGACACUGAUUUUCAAGAAUCACCUUAUUGUCAUUAUCCUACGACUCAGUUGCCUCCAGUUUUGCAGUCUCAAUCUUUACAAAGUAAUUGCAACACCUAUUGCUUGAAUCAACAGUACAGUGAUGAUGGACAGUGUGUAUUUGAUCCAUGUGAAUUAAAUAAACCCACUUUUGUGGUGACUCAUGAUGGGGAAGAUGGAUACCCUAGAAUGAAAAGGUCCAGACCAACUUGUUCUUUGCGAAUGAAAGGACAAGAGGAAGUCUGCGUGGUUUGUGGUGAUAAAGCAUCAGGAUAUCAUUAUAAUGCACUUACCUGUGAAGGUUGUAAAGGUUUUUUUCGACGUAGCAUCACCAAGAAUGCAGUAUAUAAUUGCAAGAAUGGUGGUCAUUGUGAAAUGGACAUGUACAUGCGUAGAAAAUGUCAAGAGUGCAGACUGAAAAAAUGUAAGGCAGUAGGAAUGUUGGCAGAAUGUUUGCUCACAGAAAUCCAGUGUAAUUCAAAAAGACUUCGAAAGAACUUUAAGGAGAAGAAUAAUUUUUACUCUAACAUCAAAGUGGAAGAGAAAGGAACAGACAACAAACUUGUGUCAUCCACUGGAAAAAUGAUUCAGGAGAGCAUGGAAUUAACUCAAGAGGAACAUCAGCUUAUUAGUAACAUUGUAGCUGCUCAUCAAAACUAUACAGUUCCUUUAGAGGAAACAAAAAAAGUUAUGGAGGAAAAUGCCAAUCCUAAACUGAGCUUUGUGCAACUCUCAGAGACAGCAGUUCUACACAUGCAUGGGCUGAUGGAUUUUACCAAGAGACUCCCAGGGUUUAAAAAUUUGACCAUUGAGGAUCAGACUGCAUUACAGAAAGGAUCAAAAAUUGAAGUAAUGUUUCUUCAUGUGGCCCAAUUUUACAGUCAGAAAGACGCAGCCUCUGAAAGUACUAUGGGAAUGCUGAAUAAUUCAGCUCAUACAUUGAAUGGUCAUAAUCAGAGUGGUGAUGGAACUAUUAGUUAUUCUAUGGAAAAAUUUUGCAGUGAAGACUGCCCUUCUGCUACUCUAACUGGUGUCAUUGAAGAAUUUAUUGCUUCACUGUUUUAUUUCUACAGAAGAAUGAGUGGACUUAACGUAAGUGAUACCGAAUAUGCUCUGCUUGCAGCAACAACUGUGCUUUUUUCAGAUCGUCCAUGCCUUAAAAAUAAGCAACAUGUGGAGAAUUUACAGGAACCCAUUUUACACAUUUUGUAUAAAUAUUCAAAGAUUUAUCAUGCAGAAGACCCACAGCAUUUUGCUCGUCUCAUAGGGAUGCUAACUGAACUGAGAGCUCUGAGUCACAACCACUCAGAAAUACUUAGCACGUGGAAAACAAAGGAGCCCAAACUGACUGCUUUAUUCUCUGGGAAAUGGAAUUUGCAUUCACAUGGCUAAAAUUUUAGAACGUUGUGGUUUGUACUAAAUUUUCUAAAUCUAAAUUGAAUGACUGGCUUAAAGAAUACAAACAAGACUGGUAUGUUACCAGUGGACCACCCUAAAAUGGACAACAUCUGUGCUCAUCAAAUUUUGUGGAAUAUAGGACUAUCACUAAAUGGACAUCCAGGAUUCUUUUCAAGAUUGGACUCAAAGGAAGCAAUGGCUAUUGAUUUUGCAUAGUUCCAUCAAAGGGAACCAUAAUAGUUGUUGCCUAAAGAAACUCCACUUAUUUCAUUUAGGUUAGUAAUUUAUAGACGUUAAAAAACAGCUAGCUAGUGGAAACAGUUGCAAUUAGGAUAAAGCAGUUUGUGAACCUCAUUAAUUAGGGCCAGACUGAUAGUAUAAGGAACUAAUAUUUUAAAACCUGUUCUUAUUGGCACAUUAUUUUUUUUUGGUACCGGGUAUUGAACUUGGGUCCUUGCUCUUGUGGGGCAGGUGGCGGAACCACUGAGCUAAAUCCCCAGCCUGUUACUGGCACAUUUUAUGAAUUAUUAAAGGAAAGCAAUGUUUUGUUAACUUUUAUCUUAUCUUAGUGUCUUAAAAAAAGAGAUCUUUCAUAAGUCCACAUUGAAAAAUUUGUGAUGCAAGAUA